GCGGGCAAAAGGGUUGUUUUUCCCAUACAAUUCUAAAAUGCCGUCCGAACAGCAAAAAAACACGACGUCUUCUGCAAUGGCUGCUCAACCAGAGAAACCAUUUCAUUACACGUAUUUGAAGGAGUUUCGAACACAACAAUGUCAAGAGUUCUUGCAACACAAGUGUCCAAAUCAUCGUCCGUUUACUUGUUUUCAUUGGCAUUUUUUGAAUCAAAGAAGAAGGAGACCCGUACGGAAACGUGAUGGAACAUUUAAUUACAGUCCGGAUGUUUAUUGCACCAAGUUUGACGAAACUACAGGCAUAUGCCCUGACGACGAAGAAUGUGCAUUUUUACAUCGAACCACUGGGGACACAGAAAGAAGGUACCAUCUACGCUAUUACAAGACUGGAACAUGUGUACAUGAAACUGACGCCCGUGGGCAUUGUGUUAAGAAUGGUCCGCACUGUGCAUUUGCCCAUGGUCCACACGGCUUGCGCCAACCAGUGUACGACAUACGCGAAGUCAUAGCUCAACAUGACCCAGCCGAGCUUCUGACACCAUCCAAUGGUACUGGAUCAUCAUUUACAAGCAGUACAAGUUUAAUUCAAGAGAAAGAUAAAUCCUUGCUUAUAGAUGACCCUCGUUGGCAAGUCACCUUCCAUUCUCCAACUCCAGAUACUAAUUUUGUUCUUGCUAACUACAAGACUGAGCUGUGUAAAAAGCCUCCCCGCUUGUGUCGUCAGGGGUACGCUUGUCCUCAUUGUCAUAAUACCAGGGAUAGGAGAAGGAGUCCUCACAAGUUCCAUUACAGAUCCACACCAUGUCCCAAUGUAAAGCAUGGUGAUGAGUGGGGUGAACCUGAGAAUUGUGAACAAGGGGACCAGUGUCCAUACUGUCAUACACGUACAGAACAACAGUUUCAUCCAGAGAUCUAUAAAUCCACUAAAUGUAACGACAUGCAACAAACAGGCAACUGCCCGAGGGGGCCCUUCUGUGCGUUUGCGCAUGUUGACCAGGAAAUGACAGCGCAACGAGAUUUUAGUGAAGAUUUGAGUUUACUCUCCCAGCUUACACCAACUAGUUUGUCUUCUAUGGUUGGAAACACAAUCACUUCAUCUCUACAACAGCAGAUAUCGUUUGGGGAGUCUAUAUUCACCUCUGUAACAUCAAGCAGUGCACCAGGACCAAUAGCCAAGCCACGCUCUAACAGCACAUCUAGUAGCUAUUCAUCAGAUAGUCUGCAUUUUAACAUAUACCCAAGAGCACCUGGGUCAGAAAGAGAAGAUUCAUUUAGUAUGUUACAACCAUCAAGCCAUUUACAAUCAAUGAAUCCACUCACAACAACUGUAUCAAGCUCCAGCUCUACAGCUUCCAGCGCUAUGUCUGCUACAGCAACACCAUUCUAUCCAACUAGUGAUACAGUAGAGUCAGUUAUAGGAAAUGCCUUGGAUGAUAUGAAUUUGGAUGAUAUUGACGUAGCAGCAUUGGAGAAAGAAUUAGACAACGAUACAUCAUCUAUAUCAAGCUCUGUAGCUAGUAUAGGGCAUUUACCCAGCAGUCUAGGUUAUGGAAGUUCAGCCCCAGUCAGCAUACCAGGUAGUUCCAGCAGUAUAGGUAGUGGACCUAAUAAUAAAUCCUCUGUGACGGAUAGUCCCAGUUCUCCAAUGUCUCAGCUAUCCUAUAUACCACACUUACAGCAUCAGCAGCAACAACAGCAGCUAGAACAGGCAGCAGCAGCAUUCAUGAGUCAACCCAACACAACACCCUACAUGAGGCAUAUGAGUAUUAAUCGGUUACUAGACUCAUCAGGCUCAGCAAUCAGGGGUCCACACUCCCCACACACAGUAGGCAGUAACCCAAACUCAAACAGUGAAGAUAUAGUCAGGAAAUUCCAAGAAGAGAUUAGUGUCUUAAAGAAUAAGCUACACACAUGGGAGGAGUCUUGGAACCAGGCGAAACAGGCAUGUGAUGCAUGGAAAAAGGAAGCCCAUGAGGCGAGUGAGAAAGCUAAACUAGCAGAAAGGGAGAAGCAAGUUGCAAUGCAACUUAAAGAGGAGGCAUUCAAUGAAGCCAAAUCACUAAAGCAGGACAUAGAAGGGUUGACUGGUGGACCCUUUCUACACAUAUUGAACAAAGUAAGCGACUUGAAUAAUGUACCAUUAGGCAGUCUCAAGCAACUUCAAAUGCAACUAAAGUCAGACCUGGACAGAUUAGAAAGGAUAAUACACACCAAAGAGGCCUUGUUGUGUUGCGUGUGCCAAGAACGUGAGAGGAGUAUAGCCACGUCACCUUGUCAUCACCUUGUACUGUGUGAUAUCUGCGCCUCUUCCAAACUCAAUUGUCCUGUCUGUCAUUCUCAAAUUACAUCCAAACUAUCCGUAGCGUUUCCAUUGUGAUCAUCAGUAGAUGGCUAGCUUGCUUGUCUUACUCUGUGUAUAUCUGUUUCAGAAAUAACCAUGUAGCUUUUAACCAUACCCUUUAUUGGUUGUCAGUUUUAGCGCGUUUACUAUUAACAAAAAGAUGCAAACAUUUUUUCCAAGCAUGUUCAUAGACACUGAUAUCACUCUCCAUAACGGCUGUAAUUCAUUUGCUCUUUGCCCCCAGUGAAUAUAGGUGGGCCUUUUCACACUAUGAUGUCUAAACCCCCGGUCCUGCCCCUGGUCUGCUCCGACAAUAAGCCUUUUGCGAGUUAAAUUCAAUUAAUGUCUGGUUCAAGGACUUGCCUAGUCACCGCUUACAUUUGAAUUCCUCAGACAACAGAGACAGUUGCUAUGUCACAUGAUUUGGGG